UGGCGCUGGUAGAAGUGAAGCACGAGCUCACGACAGCCGGACCGCACGGUAAGCGGUGCGAAGAGUAAGGGAUAAGAGUGAGAAGAAAGGGAAAAGGAACAAAAAGAAAGAAGGAGAGCAGGGGACUGCGCAGCCCUCUGUACUAAUGGACCAUAAGGAUAUUUAACCGCUUGCCCUGGGAGCGCACAGACACCGCAGUCCAUGCCUCUCCCUUGCCAGGUCAUUGAUGGGAAAUCAACUGGAUCGGAUCACCCACCUCAACUACAGCGAACUGCCCACGGGGGAUCCGUCCGGGCUGGAGAAGGACGAGCUUCGAGUCGGCGUCGCCUACUUCUUCUCUGACGAAGAGGAGGAGGUGGACGACCGCACUCCGUCUGACUGCGGAUUCACCAAGGACCACAGCCCGACCGAGGAGGGACCCUUCUCGGUCAGCGAGGUGGAGUACUCGGCUUUCUGCUCACAGGAAUGCAUCUUCUCCAAGCUGCGGGAGAACGAGGACUUGCAUGUGUACUCGGCCAAAACUUUGCUGACUAUGUGCAAACCGGGGGACCUGCUGGAGCUGGUGGCCACCGCGCAAGCCCCCCACUGGGUCAUCUUCGAGCAGGACGACCAAAUCAUUCAUCUGCACAAGGGCGAAAUCCGCAAAGACAGCCUGCUUGAGAUCAGCAACGGCCGCCACGGGAGAAUAGUCAAUAAUCGAUACCGCUAUCGGCCGCUACCCCCUGACCUAGUGAUGCAGAACGCAGCGGGACACGUGGGCCUGAACAGCGAGGAGAUAUGCUGGACCAACUCGGAAAGUUUCGCUGCCUGGUGCCGCUUUGGGAAACGGGAGUUCAAAGCCGGGGGAGAAGCGCACUCAGCGGAGCAGCAGUACUUCCUCAAAGUGCAUCUGUCCGGCAGCGAGGUGCACACUCUGGUCUUUCGCAGCCUGGAGGACAUGAUCCGGGAGAGAAGGCGAGUGGACGCCAGUGGAAUUCUCAAAGAGCUCUCUUUGGUUAACGGGGGCAAGGAGUGAUCAGGGAUUCCGUUUGAUAUCGUCUCCUCCACCCGCCCUCCCUGCCUCCUCUUUGCCAAAGCGCACGGACGCACACUUUUGCGCACACAAUAACGUACUCGCACACAAGCACACGGACGCACACGCACACGUGCAAGGACCUGUUGGUGUUGGACUGUCUGUUUGUCACAGAUGGGGCCCGGGUUUUAUUUCUUUUCUUUUUUCUGGACCAAAGGCGCCCUGUGGAAUUUCCAUCAAAAUACAGUGUUGAGAGAAAAGAGAGCGCGGCCAUAUAAACAGACAACGCCCAUUCUGGUUAGAAUUCGUGCUGAGUGGGACACACGAUUUCUAAGAAACUCAUUGUUCCCGAUAAGCGAAAUCACCUUUACAACCCCUCCCCACAUUGCGCACACGGCUCGGUUUGGUUUCUGUUUAAUUUCUCGGGAUAAUGGAAUUGGCCCCUUCUGUACAUAGGGUGCCUGCUGCAGCAGACCAGACGGUGAGACCGGCAGAGGGAGAGAGAGGGAGGGAGGGAGGGGUUGAAAGAUAGGAUUUGGGAUGGCUCUCGAGAAGUCUCCCUUCUAUUUUUUUACUGUUAGCUUUAAAACCGGGACAGACCACGACAUAGAUCCAAGCCACAAAUUCAUAGACAGUCCUAGCUGAUUACGCAGUUGCCUAAACAAAGUAUUUUGGCUUGACCAA